AUGUGCAGCCUCCAGGCGCUAUGCUCCGGCCUGCCCCUGCGGCCCCUCCCGGAGAACCAGGGCCGGUGGGCUGGGGUGCCCCACGCCCCGGUCAGGACCCCCGGCCUCAGCCCCGCUGAGGAGCAGCUGGCGCUGAAGAACGCCCUCCGCUACUUCCCCCCGGAUGUCCAGGAGGUGCUGGCCCCCGAGUUUGCCCAGGAGCUGCGGCUCUACGGCCACAUCUACAUGUAUCGCUUUUGCCCCGACCUGGAGAUGAGGGCCUACCCAGUGGAGCAGUACCCCUGCCGGACGAGGGCGGCUGCAGCCAUCAUGCUUAUGAUCAUGAACAACUUGGACCCGGCCGUGGCACAGUUUCCUCAGGAGCUCGUGACCUACGGAGGAAAUGGGCAGGUGUUCAGCAACUGGGCACAGUUCUGGCUGACAAUGUCCUACCUGGCCCAGAUGACCGAGGAGCAGACACUGGUCAUGUACAGCGGACACCCGCUUGGCCUUUUUCCCAGCAGCCCUGAGGCCCCCAGGCUGGUCAUCACCAACGGGAUGGUCAUUCCCAACUACUCCUCCAGGACGGAGUGUGAGAAGCUCUUUGCCAUGGGGGUAACCAUGUAUGGCCAGAUGACGGCGGGCAGUUACUGCUACAUCGGCCCCCAGGGCAUCGUCCACGGCACGGUGCUCACCGUGUUGAACGCGGGGCGGCGCUACCUGGGGCUCCAGGACCUGGCGGGCAAGGUCUUCGUCACCUCCGGGCUGGGCGGCAUGAGCGGGGCUCAGGCCAAAGCUGCCGUCAUCGUGGGGUGCAUCGGUGUGAUCGCAGAGGUGGAUGGCGCGGCCCUCAUGAAACGCCACCGGCAAGGCUGGCUGAUGGAAGUGACCGACAGCUUGGACCACUGCAUCGAAAGACUCAGGGAAGCGAGGAAGAGGAAGGAGGUGCUCAGCCUUGGUUACCAUGGCAACGUGGUGGACCUCUGGGAGCGCCUGGUGCACGAGCUGGACACAACGGGGGAGCUCCUGGUGGACCUGGGGUCUGACCAGACGUCCUGCCACAGCCCGUUCAAUGGCGGCUACUACCCUGUGCAGCUGGGCUUCGCAGAGGCCCGGAGCCUCAUGGCCUCCGACCCCACUGCCUUCAAAGGCCUGGUCCAGGAGAGCUUGCGGAGGCACGUCUCAGCUAUCAACAGGCUGGCCCAGGAGCACUUCUUCUUUUGGGACUAUGGCAACGCCUUCCUCCUGGAGGCCCAGAGAGCCGGGGCCGACGUGGGGAAGCCGGGCGCCAACAGGACAGAGUUCCGCUACCCCUCCUAUGUGCAGCACAUCAUGGGGGACAUAUUCUCCCAGGGCUUUGGGCCUUUCCGCUGGGUGUGCACCUCGGGGGACCCCCAGGACCUGGUGGUCACAGAUCGGUUGGCCAUGUCUGUGUUGGAGGAGAUUGUUGCUGGCGGAGUGACCCCGGCCGUGAAGCUCCAGUAUGUGGACAACAUCCACUGGAUCCGGGAGGCUGCUAAGCACCAGCUGGUGGUGGGCUCCCAGGCCAGGAUCCUGUAUUCGGACCAAAAAGGCCGUGUGGCCAUCGCCAUGGCCUUCAACCAAGCCAUCGCCCGUGGGGAGCUCAAGGCACCGGUGGUCCUGAGCCGAGACCACCAUGACGUGAGUGGCACCGACAGCCCCUUUCGGGAGACCUCCAACAUUUACGACGGCUCUGCCUUCUGUGCAGACAUGGCCGUGCAGAACUUUGUGGGCGAUGCGUUCCGUGGAGCCACCUGGGUCGCCCUGCACAACGGUGGUGGUGUUGGCUGGGGCGAGGUGAUCAACGGGGGCUUUGGCCUUGUGCUGGAUGGGACUGAGGACGCUGAGCGGAAGGCCAGGAGGGUGCUCAGCUGGGACGUCGCCAACGGAGUGGCCCGCCGCUGCUGGUCAGGGAGCCCCACGGCCUACGAGGUCAUCUGCCAGACGAUGCGGGAGGACAGUAGCGUGGCGGUGACGCUGCCACACGCCGUGGCGGACGAGCGUGUGCUCCAGGCGCUGCAGCAGUGA